UCUUUAAAGCAAUACCAACCCUUGCCUCGCCGGUUGUUCGUGCCCGCGGCCUCCCAGGGGAACACACCCACCUAGCAACCGCGAGCGGAGCUGAAGCCUGGCUGGCUCUGCGCCUUUAAUUCCCGGCCUGCGGGCCGGGGAGGUGGUUGCGGUGGAGAAUUUCCGCUCCCUGGCUCCCCCCGCGGCGCAGGAGGCAGCUGUCACCUGUAAGGCGAGCACCGGGCGCGGGGGCAUGGCGCCCGGCGCCCAUUGGACCGCAGAUAAAGGCGGACACCUACCCCGCAAGCAGAGGUUGCGGCGCGGCGGCCGAGGCGGAGGCGGAGGCGGAGGCGGAGGCGGCGGGGGACGCGCGGCCCCUCCAGCGCUCUUGUGGCCGAGACGCUGCGACCCCGCGCGGGUGUGACCCGGACCCGGCUCCCCAGCCACGCCCGCCCGUCCCGGGUGAACACGCUCAGGUGAACGCGGCUCCCGGAACCCGGCUGCCGGCGCGGCCUUGGGGACCGCGACGGGGUCGAGGGGGGCGGGGGCGCCAUGGCGUUGGCGGCGGCCGCAGCCGCAGCCGCUGCGGCCGCAGGGGUCAGCCAGGCGGCGGUGCUCGGCUUCCUGCAGGAGCGCGGCGGGAAGGUGCGUAACUCCGAGCUGCUGAGCCGCUUCAAGCCGCUGCUGGACGCGGGCGACCCGCGCGGACGCGCUGCCCGCAGGGACCGCUUCAAGCAGUUCGUCAACGACGUGGCGGUGGUCAAGGAGCUGGACGGCGUCAAGUUCGUGGUGCUGAGGAAGAAGCCGCGGCCCCGCGGGGAAGCAGCCCCUCCGUCGGAAGUCGCUUCUGCCUGGCUGCCAGCAGAGGCCGCCGACUCCGGGGCUCCAUGCGCCACCUCAGCGCAGCGCGGGUCCGGGGAGCCCCCCGAGGACCCCGAGGACGCGCCAUCGGAAGUCCUGAGUGCCGCCGAGGCUCCUGACUCUGAGCCCGCUCGGCCCACGGGGGAGCUGUCGGGGGCGCCGUCGGGGGCGCCCUCUGACCCCCCGAGUCCAGCCGCUGAGCGCGCCCGGCCCGCCGGGAGCUACUCUGCAGACGCGGCCACGCCGUCCCCCGCAGUGUCCCUGGCGACCCUGCCCGACGUGGCCCCGCCAGCCCCGGCGCCUGCAGCGGGAUCGACGGCAGAGCCAUCGCCCGCCCCUCCGCGCGCGCCCCCGCAGAAGCCCUGCAUGCUGCCCGUGCGCUGCGUGGCGGCCCCCGCGGCGCUCCGGGUGCGCGCCGAGGAGCAGGGCCUGCGCCGACAGCUGUCUGAGGAGCCGAACCCGCUGAGCUCCCCGCUGCUGCUUCGGAGGCUGUCGGUGGAGGAGGCCGGCCUGGGCCUGAGUGUGGGCCCCGGCCGCUCCCCGCACCUGAGGCGCCUGUCGCGCGCCGGCCCGCGUCUGCUGAGCCCCCAGGCCGACGAGGUCCCCGCCGCGCCGCCGCCGCCGCCGCCGCCGGCCGCUGUGCCCCUGGAGCCGGCCGAGCACGAGUGGCUGGUCCGCGUGGCCGGCGGCCGCUGGACUCACCAGCUGCACGGGCUGCUGCUGCGCGACCGCGGCCUGGCGGCCAAGCGCGAUUUCAUCUCGGGCUUCACCGCCUUGCACUGGGCCGCCAAGAGCGGCGACCGCGAGAUGGCGCUGCAGCUGGUGGAGGUGGCGCGGCGUGGGGGCGCGCCCGUCGACGUGAAUGCGCGCUCGCACGGGGGCUACACGCCGCUGCACCUGGCGGCCCUGCACGGCCACGAGGACGCGGCGGUGCUGCUGGUCGUGCGUCUGGGCGCGCAGGUGCACGUGCGCGACCACAGCGGGCGGCGCGCCUACCAGUACCUGCGGCCGGGCGCCUCGUAUGCGCUGCGCCACCUGCUCGGCGACCCCAGCCUGCGAGGCGACGCGGAGCUCGAGGCCAUGGGCGGUGGCAGCGGCAGCCUGGCGGCCCGUCGCCCCGUGCAGGUCGCUGCCACCAUCCUCAGUUCCACCACCAGCGCGUUCCUUGGCGUCCUGACAGAAGACCUGAUGCUCCAGGACCUGGCACGAGGCUUGAAGAAGUCCAGCUCCUUUAGCAAGUUCUUGGGGGCUUCGCCCAUGGCGCCUCGGAAAAAGGCGAAGACUCGUGGUGCUCUGCCCACCUUUUCGGAGAUUUCUCGUCGACACACACCGGGGCCUUUCUCUGGUCUGGUGCCAGCUCUGCCUCCCACGACCUGAGGGUCCCUGGGGCUGCAUCCUGCUUGAUAACAACCGGGCCUGUCCCCCACCUGUGGAAGCCUGUCCGAGACCACCGCUCGUUACCUGAGGCUCUGAUCUGCUUGCAAUUUUGUCCACUGCCGCCUGUUUUUGUUUUUGUUUUCCACCCAAGGUGGACCUGUGCCUCCCGCUUGGGUCUGAAGCUUGACCGGUCUCUAGAUCUCAGUGUGAGCCUCCUGUGAAAAAAAAAAAAAAAUCCAGAUGUCAGGCUAGAACUUUUGAAAUUUGAGAUGUAGGAUCAAAGGUUAAGGGGCAACAGCUGGUCUGGCCCCCGAACCGGUGAACCCGAUGCCCCUACAUCUGUAUGCUGCCAAACCAGAGUGAGAGCCAUGGUCUCUCUAAGUGUUGUGUGAUAGUGGCUUGUUUUCAGCUGGAAGAGAGAAGUGGUUUUGUAACUUGAUGCUUUUAUUCUGUUUUUAAAUUGAAAUGAGGUUAAAAAAAAAAAGACUUUCAUAAUGACCUUUUGAAAAUAUAUUUUUCCAUCUUUAGACAGAGCACUCAGAAGUUUUCAAUCUUUUGCUAAGUAUUUUGGAAUUCUAUUUAAAAAAAUCAUAAUCUAGAGGAAAGUAAUCCCAACUAACAACAUCCUUAAAGGCUUAUGCAUCUACCUCCUUUUAGGCAAUGAAGAUUCUAGAGUCUUGAGCAUAGAAUGCUAUUGUGACCAUUGUGAAUUAAUUAAUUUCUGUUGUAUCGUGAAUGCUAAACAAGUACAUUUUGGGAGUAAACGUCACUUAUCAGUGAGAGAAAGCAUUUGGACAAAUUCUUUGUCUUUGUUGUUAAGUAUGAACAUGUUUUUGUCACUAGCUGAUGGCAAGAUUUUGACUUUUAAUGAUUAUUUAAUUUUUAAAGGUGUGCUCUAAUUGUGCAUUGCACCUUUUCGUCAUGUUUCUGAGCCUGUGGUUUUCCAGGUGAGCCUUUCCAUAUAGGAGGUGAAUUAUUUAAAGAAAAAUGUCAGAGUGCUGCAUCAGAAAAAUAUGAAUGGUUAAGUAGUAACGGACACAACUAAGGAACAAUAUUUUAUAUGGAAAUCCUAUACAAACAGAAGGUAUGUGUUGUUCAUCAUAAAAAGUUAUAUGAAAGCAAAUACCUUAUUCCAGAAUAGCAAAUGCAGAUCUCUGCUCAGUGAUUUUUGAAGUUCUGACUUAACUUUUUGGGGACUUUUUUUCUAGUUGUAAUAGAGAAGGUUUGUAGAUAUCCUAAGAUUUCCCCCAGAUUCAACACAGUGAAGUUAUAAUGACUCUUCUCUGUUUUAAAGAUGUGAAAUCUAUUUGUUAAAUCAACCUUCUUAUAUUGUGUUAGUGCUCUGCUUUUGUAAACUGUGUUUGCAUGUCAUUGGUUAUAAUAAAUGGUUUUGUGGCACAGGGCAGUGGGACUGUGAGGACUCUGAAAUUCAUGGAAUGUUUUGAUUAAGCGAUGAAAUAAACACCUUUUUUUUUUUUU